UUAAAAAUUAAAUUUUACUCUAUAUUAUGUUUGGAGUCGUUAACAACAAAGGAAGAUGUUGGAAUCUUGUUUUCAGUUGAAGUGGCAACUACGGUGUUCUUCGCUUCCGACCCAGAUAUGAGCUCUCUGCGAUCCUACUAUCAUCACCACACGCAUUUUCAUGUCAAUCCUUCAAAUCAUGUUGAAAAGAUCAAAAUUUUCAUCAACCCAUCUUCUCCAAAUCCUAAAAUCUCUAAACAAAACCCAAAUUUAUCCAUUUUCUACUUCAAACGGCAAUGGAAGUUGUUCAGAGUCUGAAACCGAUUGGGCGAGAUUGCUUAAACCUUUCGACAUUGAACAACUCAGGGAAUCGCUCCAUAGAAUCACCCCACUUCAGCUUCAGAAAUUACUUCACCUUCCACUUGAUGUAUCAACUUCACUUGAAAUAUUCAAUUCCGCCAGUACCCAAAAAGGCUACGCUCAUACGUUCGACGUGUAUUACGCAUUAAUCGAUAAGAUUGGAGCGGCUGGAGAAUUCAAGACCAUCGAUAGAUUGUUGAUGCAGAUGAAAGACGAAGGGAUAGUUUUUCAAGAAACCCUUUUCGUUAUGAUCAUGAGGCAUUACCAGAGAGCCGAUUUACCUGGUCAAGCCAGGAGAUUGCUUUUGGAAAAAAUGCGAGACGUUUUCUUGUGUCAACCGACCUCCAAAUCGUAUAACGCCGUUCUGGAUAUACUCGUUCAAGGAGGUUGCUUCAAAGACGCACCCAAAUUGUUCGACGAAAUGCUUGAAAGAGGCAUCCCUCCUGAUGUCUUCAGUUUUGCGAUUGUAAUGAAAGCACAUUGCUCCAUUAACGAAGUUGAUUCCGCAUGUACUCUCCUUAGACGCAUGACAAAGUACGGAUGUGCCCCAAACUCAAAAGUUUACCAGACCCUGAUUCACGCAUUAUCCAAAGAUAAUAGAGUAGAUAAAGCGUUAACACUUUUGGAAGAGAUGAUAGUCAUGGGUUGUACACCUGAUCUUGAAACUUUCAACGAUGCUAUUCAUGCUCUUUGUAGAUCAAAUCGAAUCCAUGAGGCUGCAAAAUUAAUGGAUAGGAUGCUUCUUCGUGGGUUCACUCCAAAUGCCCUAACUUAUGGGGUUCUAAUCCAUGGAUUAUGUCGAAAUAAGCAAGUGGAAGAAGCUAAAACCCUAAUUACUAAAGUUCAUGAACCAAAUAGCAUAAUGUACAACAUGUUAGUAAACGGGUUUAUUGCAAAAGGGCAGUUUGAUGAAGCUAAAGCCAUUGUGAGUGAAAAGAUGUCCAUUAAUGGCUGUCAUCCCGAUAUUCAUACAUACACUUCACUCAUUCAUGGUCUUUGCAAAACUGGGCAUUUGGUUUCAGCUCAUGAUUUGUUGAAAGAAAUGGAAUCAAAAGGUUAUGAACCCAACACAAUCACUUACACAAUCUUGAUUGAUGGAUUUUGUAAGAAUCAAAGAUUUGAUGAAGCAAGUGAGGUGAUUCAAGAAAUGUCACAAAAGGGGUUGAGUUUAAACACAAUUGGAUACAAUUCAAUCAUACAUUCGUUAUGUAAGUAUGGUGAUGUCUAUAAAGCUGUAAACUUGUUUGAAGAAAUGCGUAUGAAUGGAUGCAAACGCGACAUUUUCACUUUCAAUUCACUAAUAUUUGGGCUAUGUGAGAUUGAAAUGAUUCAACAUGCAUUGAGAAUGUGUCAAAAAGACAUGGUGUUGGAAGGUGUUGUUGCGGAUACUGUAACUUACAACACUUUGAUUCGUUCUUUUCUUAAACAAGGUUUGAUUAAUGACGCUUUUAACCUCGUAGACACGAUGUUAUUCCAUGGAUGCUCACUUGAUGAAAUCACAUAUAAUGGCCUAAUAAAAGCUUUAUGCAGAGAUGGAGCUGUUGAAAAAGCAUACGAUGUUUUUGGGAAGAUGAGGGAGAAGGAUUUCAAUCAAACUACUGUUUCUUGCAAUCUUUUGAUGAAUGGAUUUGUUAAAACUGGAAAACUGCAAAAGGCGUUUGAUUUUUUACAAGAUAUGAAGAAUUCAGGGAUGAUUCCUGAUAUUGUGAGUUAUAAUACUUUAAUUAGUGGAUUAUGCAAGAUGAGAAAUGUGGAAGAAGGUAUGAAGCUGUUUGAAGUUUUGGAGUUGAAAGGUAUGAGUCCUGAUGUGAUUACUUAUAAUACUUUGAUAUCUUCGUAUUGUAAAGAAAGCAUGUUUGAUAAAGCGUAUUUGCUUUUAAGUAGAGGUGUUGUUAAAGGGUUUGUACCUAAUGAUGUAACAUGGUAUAUAUUGGUGUCUAGUUUGUUAAAAGAGCUUCAAUGAUUUAUAGAUAGAUUUAUGCAUUAAAAUGGCAUUAUUGUAAGAGUUAUAAGUUAUAUACAAUUUUUUGUUUUCAUUUCU